AUGGUGCAUGAAAAUCCAUCAAUAAAUAUUAUUGAGAAAUUUAAUUAUUUGUUGAACUGUCUCUCUGGUGCAGCAUUAGCCGUUGUGGAACCAUAUCAAAUCUGUGAAGAAAAUUAUGAAAAGGCAUUAGACAGACUGCAAGAACGAUAUGACAAUAAAGUGUUAAUAUUUUUGGAACAAAUCGAGUCGUUGUUUAACGUUCCAAAAAUGCAAAAAAGUGACAGUGUCUCAUUGCGUCAUCUUAUUGAUACAGUUUCUGCAGUUCGUGGUUCAUUGCUGUCGCUCGGUACAGAAGCAGAUGUAAUGAACGCAAUUUUAGUUCACAUGGUGUUAUCAAAAGUAGACGGUGAUACAAAGGAGAAUUAUGAUGAAAAACAAGACUUUAAAUCGUUGCCCUCUUGGGAUUUGUGUUAUGAACUUUUAAGUCGUCGUUGCCAAUUUCUCGAAAGCCAUCGAAAAAGAACUGAAGUGUCUGACAGAGUUGUUGCUCAAAAGCCCAAACCAAAUCCUAAAUUCAACCGGUCUGCUCAUACAUUUGUCAACUCAAAUUCGAUUUGUUCAUAUUGUAGCUCAAGUGAACAUAACAUUUCAAAUUGUUCGUCAUUCGCAAACAUCGUCGUUUCGGAACGUUUUAAAUUCGUAAAACGUAGUGGGCAUUGCAUUAACUGCCUUAGAAAAGGACAUAUGGUAUCGAAGUGUCCCUCAAAAUCUCGAUGCAGAGUUUGUGAUUCUGCACAUCACACGCUGCUUCAUAUAUUUAGUAGCCCAGAACAACCAAGUACCUCAACAUCGAACAUUAAUUCGUCGCAGACAUCAACCAGCUCAAAUCCAGUAUCUCUCGUUGCACGUUCAUUUAAAAGAGCGAUAAUUCCGACUGCUGUAAUUCUGAUUAAGGACAACUGUGGCUCAUUUCAAACGGUAAGAGCAUUGCUCGAUUCAUGUUCUGAAUUAAAUUUUAUUUCUGAGGAAACUGCUAAGAGGCUCAAACUAAAAUUUAGACCGUUUUCUCAAGAAAUCUCUGGAAUUGGAGAAGUUCGAACAGCAAUAAAGUUUUCAGUAGAAACUACAAUAAAAUCUAGAAGUAGCUCAUUUGAAUGGUCCUCAUGUUUUGCUGUUACCAAAAGUAUUUCGUCACGUCAACCUGGUGAAUUGAUGAACACAUCACAAUGGAAGAUUCCCCAAAACAUAGAAUUAGCAGAUCCGCUUUUCUACAAACCCCAACGUAUCGAUGUGCUUCUAAGUGCCGAAGUAUUUUUUGAUUUGCUGCUAGAUGGUAGAAUUUCAUUGGGAAAUGGAUUGCCGUGUCUCACGAAUACAGUUUUUGGUUGGAUAGUUGGAGGUUCGUCGCCCAGUCGUCCAAAUUCAACUUCAUUAACAUGUAACUUAACCGUAAGUACACAUGAAGAAAAAAUUGAUGAAAUGUUGAAACGUUUUUGGGAAGUUGAGGAGUAUUCCAAGUCACCCAACCCAUAUACAGAAGAAGAACAAGCAUGUGAAGGUCAUUUUAUCGAAAAUAGUGGUUUUGACUCUGAGGGAAGAGUACAAGUUCGACUUCCAUUUAAGAAAUCUCCUAUGUCUGAAUAUGUGUCUCUUGGCCAUAUGUCACCCUACACCCAAUCGUUGAAUGAUUCGCACUAUAUUAUACCUCAUCAUUGUGUUCUCAAGCCCCAAAGUGCUACUACAAAAAUUCGUGUCGUAUUUGAUGCAUCAGCUCGUAGCUCAUCGAAUCAGUCCUUGAAUGAUAUAUUGAUGGUCGGUCCAACAAUUCAGCAGGAUCUGAUCACCACACUUUUCUCGUUUCGGUUGCACAAAUACGCUCUCACUGCAGAUAUUUCAAAAAUGUAUCGGCAGUUUCGCAUAGAUGAAAGAGAUAGAAGAUAUCAACUCAUAUUGUGGAGAACUGACAAAAAUGAUGAACUCAAGGUAUUCCAAUUGAACACAGUAACUUAUGGCUUAUCGGCCGCCCCUUUUUUGGCAAUUCGUAGUUUGUUUCUCAUUGCAGAUAAAUACAACACAACUCAUCCUCAUGGUUCGGAGGUCUUACGACAAGAUCUUUACGUCGAUGACGUACUUACAGGCGCCGAUAACAUUGAGACUCUGGCUCUUAAAAGAGACGAGUUGAUCCAAAUAUUGAAAUGGCAUGGAAUAGAAUUGGCUAAAUGGAAUAGCAACCAUGCGUCGCUCACUUCGAAUAAUGAUGAAGAAAUCAUCAUUAAAACAUCGGAUAACGACAUAACUAAAACAUUAGGUAUGUCCUGGAAACCUCAUCAAGAUGUCUUCCUUUAUAGAUUCGAGUUGCCCGAUGUCACAAAUCCAACUAAAAGAUCAAUUUUGUCGAUCGUAUCCAAAAUCUACGAUUUGCUUGGAAUUUUGAGCCCAAUCGUUAUCCGUUGCAAAAUUCUUCUUCAAGAAUUAUGGGUUCAAAACAUUGGAUGGGAUGAUCCUCUAAACGAUCAUCUCAAGGCUUUGUGGCUCCAAAUCAAAGAAGAUUUAUCGUACAUCCAUCAAGUAGAAGUCCCAAGAUAUGUACUUACGUUGUCCAAUCGACAUGGAGAAAUACAUGGUUUCGCAGAUGCUUCUCAACGUGCAUAUGGUUGUUGUAUUUAUUAUCGUGUCUCAGAAAAUGGUAUGUACAAAACCACAUUACUGAUUGCCAAAUCGAAAGUAGCUCCUAUCAAAGCCCAAUCUCUACCUCGUCUCGAAUUGUGUGCUGCAGUGUUACUCAGUAAAACGUGGCUCAAAAUCAAGUCUAAAAUUGAAAAUUUCGUCUCAUCGUUGUACUUUUGGACAGAUUCGAAAAUAGUACUCCAAUGGCUCAAAAUGCAUUCGUCAACUUUGAAUUGUUUCGUGGCAAAUCGUGUCUCUGAACUUCAAGAAGAAACUCGAAACAUCAUUUGGAGACAUGUCCCAACGAAAAGUAACCCAGCUGAUAUCGUAUCUCGUGGUUGUUGUGCUCAAGAAUUGUCGAAUACCAUCUGGUUUCGUGGCCCAUCGUUUCUAGAAGAAGAUGUCUCAAAUUGGCCAGGAGCUGAAGACGAGAUGACAAUUGAAGUCCCAGAACGCAGAAAAGCCGCCGUCUUUAAAAACACAGCCUGUGAAAACAAUGUCAUUAAUGACAUUCUGGAUAAGCAAUCUUCAUAUUAUAAAUUUAUUCGAAUAAUUGCUUAUGUUUUUCGUAUUUUCAACAGGUAUCCCAUAAGUCGUUCUUUGAAAGUCAAAGAUGUUGUCCACAUAGCUCCUAAGGAACUUGAAGACACCUUUUGGAAGGUAAUCUCACUGGUCCAGCGGUCAUGUUACUCAUCGGACAUACAAGCAAUUGAAAGUGGAACCGUCGCUCAUCCAUCUCUGCAAAAAUUAACCCCAUUUUUGCACAAAAUGAAAGUGGAAAAUGAAGAGAUCAAUGUUCUUCGAGUUGGCGGACGUUUAACAAAUGCUCCGAUUCCGUAUGAUGCAAGAUUUCCUGCCUUGUUGCCCAAAGACCAUCGAUUCGUCAUUUUGUUUGUCGAGCAUUUGCACCGAAUUCAUUUGCACGCCGGUCCAAAGGUGUUGUUGAGCAUUUUACGCCAGAAGAUAUGGAUAAUCAAUGCCAGAGAAGUAGUUCGAAAGAUUGUUCGAAAUUGCGUGCAUUGUUUUCACUACAAGCCAAAAUUGUUGGGGCAAAUAAUGGGAAAUUUGCCAGUUGAUCGUCUUCGAGCUCAACGUCCAUUCUUGGUAACUGGAGUUGACUUUUGUGGCCCUUUCAUGACGUCAUACAGAAUUCGAGGGAAGUCACCCUACAAAACCUACAUCGCAGUUUUCGUUUGCUUCAGUUCCAAAGCUACCCAUUUGGAACUCGUAUCGGAUUUGUCAGCAAACAACUUUAUAUUGUGUCUCAAACGAUUCGUGGGAGGACGUGGAAUUCCCCAGAAACUCUUUUGUGACAACGCAACUAAUUUCGUAGGAGCUUGUAACAAAUUGAAAGAGCUCAAGGAAUCAUUUUUUAAUGAUGAAGUUGUCCAAAAAAUGAAAUCGAUUUGCUGUCAAAUGGGUCUUGGAUUCAAUUUCAUACCCCCACGCGCCCCACACUUCGGUGGAUUGUGGGAGGCAGCGGUAAAAUCCACAAAAACGUUGCUCAACAAGAACAUAACAGAGUCGUAUCUUACAUUUGAAGAGUUGCAGACCCUGGUAGUCGAAGUAGAAGCAAUAUUGAACUCUCGUCCAAUUGCUCCCAUGUCAGACGAUCCCAACGACGGUGAGGCGUUGACACCAGGUCAUCUCCUUAUUGGUUCAUCUCUGGUGGCAAUACCUGAACAACAUUCUGAUGUUACCAAGCCAUCGUUGCUAAACAGAUGGCAACGUAUUUCGUACCUGAAACAACAAUUUUGGCAAAUGUGGUCCAGGGAUUACCUUCUGUCUCUCCAGCAAAGGUCAAAGUGGUUCACCGACGAGAAGAAUAUCAAUGAAGGACAAUUGGUCAUCAUCCACGAGGACAACACACCCCCUCAGCAGUGGCUCUUGGCUAGAAUUACGAAAACAAUACCCGGUCGUGAUGGAAAGAUCCGAGUGGUCGAGUUGAAAACUAAAAAUGGAAUAUCGUGUCGCCCGAUCCAUAAAAUAGCCCCUUUACCAAGCCCUGAAGAUCCUUGA